AUGUCCAGUCUUGUCAUUCCUCUGGUCUCAACCACACUUCCGACGUGUAACCCGAAUCUCAUGCCUUUCCACAUCGACUACGAUGGUCCAGCACUUGUCUCCGCGUUCAUGCGCGUGAGCCCGUUAAAGCAAGAAGAUUCACCAUCCAAGAUAGCUCCCCCAGCCGUAGAAGGCGAGGAAACUGCAGGAAACGCGUCUGCGGACGCGAUGAACGUCGAUUCUGCCACGGCGGUCGCCCUAGCCGAGCCAACCGCGACGUCGAGCACCAUAGACGUGUCAACUUCACAGUCUACCGACGUCGAUAUGGAAAACGCGACGAAGGACACUAGCCAGGCACCGACGCCACCUGCCAUGACGCGGUCAAACACAGAAUCGACCCUCGUGGUUGAGUCCCAGGCGUCCAGCUCCACGUCGAUAUUAUCACAGUCCACGCUCCAACAGCUUCCAGCAGCAGCUUCUACCUCCAUGUCUGUCCUCGAUGAAUUGGAAAAACGCGUCGUAUCGAGCUUCCGCGGGCGGACGAUCCAUGGAUUGUUGAUUGACCUCCCCCCAGGGUACUCCGGGCUCGUGCUAGAGAGCGAGGGUGACGCAAACACCCAUCCGGCAAAACUAGAGACGAAGGAAAGGGAAAAGGAGAGCGAGGAGAGCACGAAGGGCAAGGCGAAGACGAAAGCAAAGGCUGCACCGAAGGCGAGCAGCAAGCCCCGCGGAAGGCUGGCACGAAGCGCUGCUUCGAAGAAACCAGAGGUCAUCGAGAUCGAGGACGAGGAUGAGGAGAUGCCUGAGGCUUCAACAUCGUUAAAGGAGAGUCAAGAACCGACAGACGACGCCGAGCCACCCCAAGAUGCACCCUCGACGCGUAGUUUGGUGCCCAAAGCCCAAUUUUCUUCUUUCACGCUGUGGCAUGCGGAUAGACCAGUGGAGAAGACUCGGGACGAGUACUUUAGGACGUUGGAGGAGUGGAUUGCGUUGUCUCAUGAGAUUCAUCGAACAGACAUAGCAUUCGAAGAUUAA